UGAUUUCUUUCCUAAUGAAAUGACGUCUCCAAACUGCAAUAACACACUCGCAUCCCACAGCAACAGGGGGACGCCGAUGACCACACCCCCGAUUUCAAAAUCGCGGGCAGAGCAAUCUGCAAAAUAAAAGGGCACAUCGCUUGAGGAGAUUACUGGAACAGGUUUAUUAUAAUGCACGGCGCCGGCUUUGCCAUCUGAGAAGACUUUUUUUUUUUUUUUCUCGUUUCGAGGUCUCUGCUAACAUUCUCUGCUAUCGGGGGACCUGGUUGGCCAAUUUAAAUCGUCUCACCAGUACGUUCUGCGGAGUGAUCCAAUGCCUUUUUUACGUUGUUACCUUUCUGGAUGCGCAAAUGGCUUCGGAUCUGAGGGGCGCUCCUAACUCGCGUGAGCCACAGCUGGGGGUUUGUGCGGCGGACCGUCGGAGCGGAUUGGGAUGCCUCGCACGGACUGGCGCAGGUGUCAGAGGAUGCUCCUAUCGCCCCAGCUGGAAUAUACCUGUCUUCCACCGAAUGCUUGUGAAGGCUUUGAUAGCGGUUGGAAUGGCUUUAUCUGUAAUGCCACCUGCGCUGGCUAUGGACGAUCAAGGAAAUUAUGAAACAUCCGCAUUUGCAGCAUUACCACAAGACCAAGUUACACCAAUAGGAAAAUCCAAUUUCUUGACCUCAUUAUUGUUAGCAGAGGAUGAACCUGUUUUAAAUUACAAAUCAGAGACUUCUGAGCCAUUAGGAAGCACAGCAGAGAUAAACAGAAGUGAAACUUCAACAUUCCAGUCAAUUCUAUCUUGGUUAACAAAUUCAGAAACUGUACCACAGUUGCCUGCAUUAAUGCAGUCUGCAGAUUCAAUCAUCCAAAGCAAUGGAAGCCAAACAGCUCAGCUGCCGCCAGAUGAACGGACCUUAGCAUCUGAAGAUAUUGUUGCAGCCGUAAACAGCUCUGCAUCUGGUUCAGAAGAAAAGACAACUUCAGCCCCAUCAUCCACUUUCACGUCCAAGUUAUCGGAAGGAACGUCUGCAAACAACAGGACAGUAGCACCAACUAUCAUGUCAUCUUUAACGACAAAGAGCACAGUUACACCCACUCCAUUCAUUUCAACUCGCACAACACUUGAAGUGAGCACGUCACAUACACUUUCCAGCACUACUAGAAGGCCUACUACCACUUUAACUAGCACAAAACACCCAACAAUUGUUUCCACCACAAAAGUUGAUCAUAACACAGUAACAGUAAGUUCUACGGAAGUAGCUACAUCAACAGAAUCUUCAAAGACAUCUUCCUCUCCAUCAAUAACAAAAACAGCUGCUUUGACGUCUAUGAUUACAGUACCACCUCAGACAACAAGAGGCACGGCUACUCCUCUUCAAAACAUAACAGAAAGCCUCAUUUCUACCACUGCAUUGCCUCAGGUGGAAUGUAAUAUAACUGAAAGAAUCUGGGUGAAAACAGUUUUGUCUCUGAACAUUAGGAGGAGUCGAGCCAGUGAUGUGAUGAACCUGAAUCUCACAAAAGGACUAACUCAAGCAUUGCAGAAGGCCUUCAACGACAGUCAUAUGCUUGCACAGAUUGAAAGCUUGCAAGGAGUUAAUAAUGUAACUGUGGGUUACUAUGUAAGAAAUGACACAACUGUGUAUAUUGCUUCAGUAGUUGUAGACGUUUUGAAUAAUUAUGGCAUUGAUAAGAUGAUGAGUGACAUCAAGCAGUAUGUGGCUGAUGUGCAGUCUCUUCCCAUUCCUGUUGCUCCAUGGAUUUCUACUCCUGCUCUGUGGGCGCAACUUAAAACAGUCCUUAGGUUUGUCGGCCCUACAGACAACAUUCAGUCCUGCAGCUUUACUCAAACCAUGGAAGAAAGACUUAAAAAUGCAUUUGAAGAGGCAGAGGCAACAAUUCUAAAUGCACAUAAUAUUCUAUCUGUUCAGAUUCUGAGCACAUCCCAGUCAAUAGGAUCUCCAGCUGUCUCUUUGAUCUAUGUGGUGUGGAAUCAGACAAAACUCCUGAAUGGAACAGUCUCCAGCUCCCUUCUCAAUCAGCUCACAGCGGAACUGGUUGGAUAUUACUUACUGUUUCCUCCGCUGAUAAUAGCAGAACCACUGGAAUAUCAGAACCUUGACACUUCAUCAACUACAAUAGACUACUGGGUGAUUACAGUAAUUCAGGAUGUCAGUAACACUUCUUUAGAGGAAAAUUAUCAAAGCUUUGCUAGUUUGAUGGAGCAACGUCUUGCGGAAUUAUUUGUUAACGCUCAGAAUCAAGCAAGACGAUUUCGUAGAGCAACAACUGUGGGAAGCUACACAGUUCAGAUGGUGAGCAUCAAGCGUAUUGCAGGCCCUAAAAAUCCAGCUGAACUGACCUACUAUGUCCUCCAGAAUGGAACUCCACUGUUAGGCACAACUGCAGCUAAAAUACUGAGCACGGUGGACUCCCAAACCAUGGCAUUGACAUUAGGAUACUUUGUGCAACUUCAAGCUGAACCUGUGGUGAAGAAUCCUCCAAAUAACCUGUGGAUCAUUGCAGCAGUUCUGGCUCCUAUCGCUGUUGUCACUGUCAUUAUAAUCAUUAUAACUGCUGUACUGUGCCGCAAGAAUAAGAAUGACUUCAAGCCAGACACAAUGAGCAAUAUGCACUCUCGAGCAAAGCCAGUUCAAGGAUUUGACUAUGCUAAGCAACAUCUUGGGCAACAAGGAGGUGAAGAAGACACAAUUCCAGUGACACAAGAGACAGUAAUCUUACCACUGCCUGUGAGGGAUAUGCCCCUGUCCCAGGACAGAGGUAUUCUGAAAGAUGGAAGCAUUAGCAAAAUAGCUAUGUCCACUGAGCUUCGGAAAAGCAGAUUGCCCAGUGAAGAGGAUUCAGUUAUGAGUAACGAAUCAGGAAAGCCCAUUUCUAACAGGAGCUCCCCUCAGAAAGUACCGAUGCAGCAGAAAAUGGCAAAAGAAGACUCAAAGAAGAAAAAUGGCUUAACAACAAAUAACAGAAUUGUGCCAAAGCUUGAUAGUGAAGAAGGAGCAAUCCUGUUUGAACGAGUAUCUAGGUCUUCAUAUGAUGCUUUUGAUACAUCUUCCGGGUCACUGCAGCUGAUUUCCAUCAGACCCUUGGCAGCGCCACUCAGCUAUUCUCAUCCUGCCUCAGAGAGGAGCCAGGACUCUGCCGUCAUCAAUGGAGAAGUGAAUAAAGCUUUGAAGCAGAAAUCCGACAUUGAACAUUACCGCAACAAAUUGAGACUAAAGGCAAAACGGAAAGGCUACUAUGAUUUUCCUGCCGUAGACAGUGGCAAAAAAUCCAUCACUCAAAAGCAAAAACAGGCUUAUGAAAAAGCACAAGCUGAGCUGGACAAAGUACUAAAUCCGGAAGAAGACCUGUCCUCUACUUAUGUAAAGUCCAAAACCAGACAAUCCCAAAUGAAGAACCCAUCAUACAGAAGUAGGCAAUCUCUCAACAGCCCCAGCCCAGGAGGAACUGAAAUGGAUCUGCUUGUGACGAGGGAGAAGCCGAGGCGGGGCAUUCGAAACAGUGGGUAUGAUACAGAACCAGAGCUAAUAGAAGAAACCAAUGUUGACCAUUUCGGUGGGGACCCCAGAGGUUAUACAAGAAGUCAACAAGUGAAAGGUCACUCAGAAACAUCCACUCUGAGCUCACAGCCAUCCAUUGAUGAAGUUCGGCAACAAAUGCAUAUGCUCCUAGAAGAAGCAUUUAGCUUAGCUUCUGCUGGGCAAUCUACCAACACGCGGACUCAAGGUCCAUACAACCCAGUUCAACAGCUGCCAUACUCUGAGGUGGUAACUAGUGCACCAGGGACUAUUAACCGAUCAAGAGGAGCAGUCCAGUGGGUACCUGCCUAUGGCUCUGAUACAUAUCAGUACAGCUUACCAAGACCUGCCUUCAGGUUUUCCCAGCUUCCUGACAUGGCAAUGGGUAGCUCUCCUCCCACAGUGCCACCUCCAGCUCCAGCUAGACCAACGAUAAUCACCUCUCUCCGACGAUCUACAUCAGAUAUGGGAACAAAGAAUCGGCCUUCUGAUCAUCCUGGCCCAGAGCAACAAAAUCCACAUGAUGCUGCUUCAUUUGUUCCUAUUGUUCGGCCUCCAGGACCAGCUGUCUCUGUGGACCAACCCAUUUCUAACUACUCAGGAAACCCAGCACCAGCAGUCUAUGCCAUACCAGCAGCUCGACCUGGGUUCACGGGCUACUUUAUUCCAACCCCUCCAAUGUACAGAGGAUCAGCCUGGAUGCCAUAUUCAACAGAAAGUGAUUCAUCAAGCCAGUGGGCAGAAGCUGUUCCUCUCCCAGGUUAUGUUGAAGCUUAUCCUCAUUCUCGGUACCAACAGAACACUCCGCCCCGAAUUCCACGGCAGUAUAGCCAGACAACAGCAUUGCACCCUUCUUUGGACCAAGUGCCAACCCCUUCUACUGCGGCCUCACAGCAGAGUCUGACUGAAAAUGACACUUCAGAGGCAUCCCUUACCAACAUCUCUACAGCAGCUCUUGUCAAGGCAAUAAGAGAAGAAGUGGCCAAACUAGCCAAGAAACAGACAGAUAUGUUUGAAUUCCAAGUUUAAUGACGUUCAUUAUCAACAGCAAUAGCUUUCCAAUUUGGAAACUCCUCUGUUUCACAAAGAACAGUGAAAGACCUGUAGUAUCCUGAUGGUUUGGACUUUUGCGAAAAUUGAUUCACUUUGGUGGAGAGUUCAUUGAUUCUUUUAUCAUUUACUAAAACACGUGACAUUAACAGCCAAAAACUUUUUUUUUUCCUAAUUUGGGAUUGCAUAUUAGACUUUCAACAUUUUUAAAGUAAAGACUAUGGAAAAUCUGUAAAUUGUGCUGAUGGCAGGGCUAGUUGCCUUUGACGUCAAAGAGAAGUAGCUGCAACUUCCUCAAGAGCUCCUUCCCAUUAUCACAAUACUAGAAAAUAAUACACAUCAGGGAUCUGCAAAGGUUUACGCAAUUAAAUUGAUUAAUGUGACAUUUCAAUUGAAAAAAAUGCAUAUUUGUAGUUAUUUCUGUACAUAUGAACAGUUCAUAAAUAAGGCAUUUAGUUUAACCAUAUUGAUUAGUUGUGUUGGGUACGGCAAAUGACUGCAAGUCUCAUUCUAAUUCUCAGUGUUAUGUUAAAAAUUACAGUAUAAAAUUUACUUCUGCAAGAACUUACAUUUUUUCCCACAGACAAUAUGUUCCUUGUUUAGGUCUUUCAAAAGUACAACAACAGUAUGUUCAAUGUCUCUUGUCUCUGAAAGGUUUACGUCUAGUAAUCAAAAGCUUUGAGAAGGAAGGCUAUGUUAAAAUGGUUAAAGAAACUGUAAACAUCUGUCAAUUUCAUUUAUGAAGGUAAUUUCCUUUCAGAAAAAAAAUAUUUUUAAUUUGUAAUUAAGAAAUGUAUUUCCAAAUGGCCCAAUAAAAGUGUUAAUUUGCAAUACUCC